AUGUCUGCAGCAGCUCAAUUCGUGAGGCAGGGGAAAAAGAUCGUCGCCAUUGGUAGAAACUACUCUGAGCACAUCAAGGAGCUCAACAACGCCAAGACGACAGAGCCUUUCUUCUUUCUCAAGCCCACGACCAGCUACCUCCCUACUGGGGGAAAGGUUGAAAUUCCACGCGGCAUAAUAGCACACUAUGAAGUUGAACUUGGCCUCGUAAUCGGGAAAGGCGGUCGGGACAUUUCUCAGGAUGCAGCCGAGUCGCACAUUGCAGGCUACGCUUUGGCUGUCGACAUGACCGCACGAAACAUGCAGGACGAGGUGAAGAAAAAGGGUCUGCCUUGGUCCGCUGUGAAAGGCUUCGAUACAUUUACUCCCAUCGGGUCUUUUAUCCCCAAGUCGUCCAUUUCGGAUCCUCAUGACCUCACACUCUCCCUGAAGAUUAAUGGUGCGGUCAAGCAGAAUGGUACGACUGGGGACAUGAUUUUCCGUAUCCCGCGACUUAUUGAACACAUCUCUUCCAUCAUGACCUUGGAGGAGGGUGAUCUCAUCCUCACCGGAACUCCUUCGGGCGUUGGACCUGUUAAUCCAGGUGACAGUGUUGAAUGCGCUCUUGCUGACCCAACUGGGAACGUACUUGCCGAGCUGGAAUUCACAGCAGAGUUGAGGGGUGGAGGGUAUCAGUUCACGCCAUAA